CCUCCAGGAAGCCUUCCCGACUGCCCUGCGGCACCAAGCCUCCGUCCUCUGGUUGCCCCGAGGGACCUCAGCGCCCCCGCCACGGGGAUCAGGACACAUUGGGAACCUGGUAUCUGUUUGGUGGGUCUAUUUAUCAAGCCCUAGAACCAGGUGGUCCAGGCACCUCACUGAUCUAAGAACAUGAGUGGAGAGAAGGAAGAGGCAUCGUUCAGAAUGUUCGGGGCUUAUGGUGAGCCAGAGGAGAGGAGGGAUGUGCUAGAAAGCUCUGGCGUUUCCUCUCAGCCUGAGCCACAAGUGCAGCAGCAACUGGGCAGUCUGUUUGGAGUGCCCUGGCAGCCCCCGGGCCCCCCAAUACAGCACAGCCCUGCUGAUCAAGAGACAAGCACGGUGACCCAGCAGCAGUGGCACCUCCAGGGCCUGGGUAGAUCUGAGCUCCAGGCCGCUGGGCUCCCUGAUGCACAACCAGGAGAAGCAGCAGAGUCCAGCCCAAGCUUCCUACUGGGUUCUGAGGUUGGCCAGCCUUACUCUUCUUCCUCUCCCAGUGAAGAAGUCCUCUCAUUGCUCAGAGCAAUUCCCCCCAUUCCAGAUGAAGUUGUGGUCAGGCAGAAGAGGGCCCCACAGGGCUCCUGGAAGGUUGGCACACUCCUCCAUGGAAAGAGAGUCUACGCUGUGGCCAUCAGCGGCUCAACCCACCACGUGUACACGUGUGGCUCCGGCUACAUCAGGGUAUGGGAUGAGAGUAUGCUGCAUGCGGGGAACAAGGCCCCUCGGGCCCAGCUGGACUUGCAGCAUCCCCAGGACCGUGUUGUUACCUGCAAGCUGUUCCCUGAUGAGCGGAGCCUGAUCACAGGGGGUGCGUCCCAGGCCGUGACUCUCUGGGACUUGGCACCCACCCCCCAGGUCAGGGCACAGCUGACCUCGACGGGCCCCACGUGCUAUUCUCUGGCUGUCUCCUCUGAUGCCCAUAUCUGUUUGGCUUGUUUCCAUGGAUUUGUUGAGAUUUGGGAUUUGCAGAACCAAAUCUUGAUCAGGAAGCACGAAGUUCCUGUAUACGGGUCCCGAUGUGUGGACAUCACCGGCAAUAUAUUCUGGACAGGAGGUGAAGACACCACCCUGUAUUCCUGGGACCUGAGGAGCUACCAGAGGCUGCACCAACACAACUUACAGAAUGAGAUCCUCAGCAUUACCCACGACCCCGGUGAAGAAUGGGUAUUGGCGGGCCUGAGAACGAGUGAUAUCGUGUUCCUUCACACUCGUCGGAACGAGCAGUUUAAGGCUCUCAUGAAAAAAUACACCCGCCACCACAGCCUCAAGUUUGCCUCCUGUGGGAGCUAUUUUGUGACCGCGAUAGAUACGCGCCUCAGUGGCUUGGAGGCACCUUCUCUACAAAAGUUGUUUCAGAUAGAGGAGUCUUCAGGUAUCCUGUGCUGUGACGUGUCCUCUGACAACCAGUAUCUGGUCAUGGGCUCCAGCAGCAGUGCCACCAUCUACCAGCUCUUGUAUUAAAGGUGCAAUGCCAUGGUCCUGCCAGUGAAGACCCAGUCUUUGGGCUGGUGUGGCUGUGAGGAUGGCUUCAGAGUGCUGGACACCUCUAACACCUGCCAUCUCCUCUGCCUUAGCUUGGGUCAUCCCUCCCCUCCAGUAGCCCGCUCUCAGCCUGCACUCCCAGAUUUUAAUCAGAUGGCUUGGAGCUUUUUCCUUUGUUAUCUUCCUACC